GUCAUCGCCAGAUACAAUCGAUUUACACUCGACCACUCCAAUGCGGCAUCAACUCAACCAAUGGAUUUGUCCUUCUCAGUGAUAGCUCAUUUGAACGCCAGGACCAGUUAUAUAGACUCAAACUCGCCCUGCAACAUCUACGCGCUCUCCAGUAUACUGCUGUUGCCAUGGAUAGCCGAUUUGAGCAUUUGGUGUAAAAGGUACAGCAAGAUUGAACUGCUUCAUAUCCAAAGAGAUACUGUACAGGCUGUUGUAUCGUCUAAUAAGAGGAAAGUUGAUGGGAGGUUGUUGUAUGACUUUAACGGUAGAAUUAGCACGCGUACAGCACACUAACUAACAUAAUUUGCAAUGUUAUGGGUGUGUCGCAUAAAAACAACACCAACGGCUAUUAUCUGAUAACGGACAAUGCCCCAUGCAUGCUCCGAUUGCAGUCGAAAUUUAG